AUGACUCCUUUUGAAGCACUAUAUGAUAGGAAAUGCAGAACUCCAGUAAAUUGGGAUGAAGUUGGUGAAAGAAAGUUAUUGGGUCCUGAAUAUGUCCAGAUUAUUGCUGAGAAAGUAAAAAUAAUUAAAGAAAAGUUAAAGACAACCCAAGAUAGACAGAAGAACUAUGCAGAUAGACGUAGAAGAAACCUUGAAUUUGAUGUUGGGGAUAGAGUUUUCCUGCGAUUGUCUCCAUGGAAAGGUGUUAUCAGAUUUGAUCCAUCUCAUGUUUUGGAAUCACAACCAGCAGAGUUGAAGGAAAAUCUUACCUAUGAAGAAGAACCAGUUCAGAUAUUGGAUAGAAAAGAACAGAGGAAUCAUGCUAUAGAAGAAGCGACAUGGGAAAGUGAAAAGCAGAUGCGUUCUCAGUAUCCACGACUUUUUCAUACUUGA